CUUAAUCAGAAGGACCGACUCUUCCAGUGCCGAGCUUAAUUUGCCCUAAAUAACGUCUCUCUGCCUCUCUCAGACGCAUUGCCGAACAUAAUUUGCCCUAAAUAAGACCUGAUGGGGAAGAAGGAAGGAGGGGAAAGCAAUGAAGAAGAAAAUUAUACUGUAACCAAGGUAAAGGAAGGUCACAACUUGCUGGGCUCCCCGACUUUCAAGCCACUGGACAUUGGACGCUUCAAAUGCGUGGAGACAGGCCAUGAGUUGCUGGCGCACGCCAGGGACUCUUACGCCCAAAGCAAGCACUGUAGAUUAGGACUAAUCGACUCCGCCCUUGCCAAAAAGAAGCCCCCUCUCAACAUGUUCAUUCAGGACCCUGUUUCACGUUCAAAGCUAAAGUGCAAGUUAACUGGAGUCACUAUCAAUAAAACAGAGGAGCAUAUAUGGAAGCAUAUCAAUGGAAAGCGUUUCCUCAACAAGUUAGAGAAAAUGGAAGCUGAAAAGGAAAUUCCGAAUGGGGCACUAGAGAAGAAGGGCGAGGAAAAAGAGGAGAAAAAGAAAAAGAAGAAUAAAGAUGAUGAUUUGAAGAAGAAGAAGAAGAAUAAAGAAGAUGGUUUGAAGAACGUGAAGAAGAAGAAGCAAGAGGAAAAUGGUAUGUUUAUUGCUGAAAUGGAGGAUUCGAUAGGGAAUGAUGUUGAUUUGGAAGAAGAAAAUGAGUUCUGGAUGCCUCCUGUCGGGGAUCGUUGGGACCAUGAUGAUGGAGGCGUGCGAGAAAUUGAUGGUACUGGUGAAGAAGAUGAAGGAGCUGAAGAUGGUAAGAACGAUGCCAGGGAACUCUCCAAACGAACAAAGCGGAUGUCCCUGGAAAUUGGACCCAGUAAUUUUGCCUCGAGGAAGAAGAAAAAGAAGAUAGAUGUUGCCUGAUAAAGGGUCGUCAGCAGAAUUUGCAAAUCAUGUCUUUCUAUCACAUUUAGACUGCUCUGAUGCACAAUUCCUAAAUGCUAAAGGAAAAAAGGACCGACCUUUUAGCUCUAAAAAACAAAAGAUGAAAAAUUAUAUGCAUGGUAUUUACAAGAUGUCUUCUUUUCCUCCCUUACAGUGUUUGCAUGUUUAUGUACAGUUUCUUGAUAAAUGUGACAUUAGUUAUGAAUGAAGACGAGUCUCAUUGUCUGACCUUUG